AUGACUGGUGAUGUGCGCAACACCUCAGAGUUAAGGAUUUUACUGCUAGGCAAUAAAGCAGCCGGCAAGAGCUCAUCUGGAAACACCAUCCUGGGCAAACAAGAGUUCACUGUUAAAACCGCUCAGUGUGUUAAAAGAUGUGGAGAAGUUGAAGGAAGGAGGGUUACUGUGGUUGAAGCUCCAGGCUGGUGGAGAAAUUACCUCAUUAAGGACACACCAGCUUUACAUGCAGAAGAAAUUGUCCUCAGUAUGUCUCUGUGUCCGCCAGGACCUCAUGCAGUGCUGAUAGUUGUGCGUCUGGACUCAGAAAUUAACCAAAAAGCAAUUGAGGAGCGUGCUGUUCAGCUUAUGGGUGUGCAUAUUUGGAAUCACUGUAUAUUGCUGUUUACCCAUGGGGACAGUCUGCAGGACACAAGUUUUGAGGAGUAUAUUAAAAACAAAGGACGGGCUCUUGAAUGGGUCAUUGCCAACUGUAUGAAAAGAUGGCAUGUUUUCGACAACGAUACUAAAAAAGACAACAAACAGGUAAUAGAGCUGCUACAGAAAAUUGAUAAUAUGGUGGCAGAAAACAAUGGGCAACAUUUUGCGAUGGAUCGUGCAGUUUUACUCGAAAUAAAGUCGAAGAGAAAAGCAGAAGAGGAAAGGGUUAAAGAACGACUUGUGGCAGUAGAAAAACAGGAGCAGGACUUAUUACCUCAUGCAGGUCAAAUACAUUCACAGUUGAGAAUCAUUCUUGUAGGCCACAGAUAUUCAGGAUAGAGCUCAGCAGGAAAUACAAUCCUGGGCAGACAGGCGUUUGAUCCACGCAGAAGU